GAUCCUAAGUGGACUGAAGUAGACGCAGACACUAGGAAGAAAUUGGAAUAUGCGAAUGACGAGGAUGGACAGUUCUUCAUGAAAGCAGCACAUUUCAAGAAAAGUUUUUCAGAAUUCACGAUGGCAUCACCAUGUCCUAACUUUGGUGAUUUUUAUGGAACACCUACCCAGCAAAUUUACAUCAUCAAGAACGUUUGGGAAGAAGGAAUUUCUCUAGAAGGUGAUGGCAUCGAAUACGCAGAGAAUUUUCUAAGAAAUCCACAGUAUCUUCUCACUGUAGAGGAGUUAGAUAAAGAAAAUGACAAUACUAGCGAAGAAGAAGAUCAAAUAUAUCCAAUCUAUGACAUUAUUAUUCAGGUUGUGCAAGAUCAAAAUAGAUCCAAGUACGAAUCCGAACAAAGUGGUAUUGGUGUUACUGUUUUCCAGACUGGGGGCAGAUUCCCGGAGGAACUGAACGCUGAAAAUUUUGAAGAGUUUGAGCCGCUCAAAGGAUCCAAGGACACCAUUAACCGGUGCAGCGUUAUUGCCAAAUUGAAGCUGAAAUCUGGCAAGUACAUCGUUGUUCCAUUCAUUUUCGAUUCAGGUAUCGGACGUCCAUUUCUUAUGCGUGUGUACAGCAGCAGACCUAUCAUCAUUGAACCAAUCGAACACGAAUAAGUGUUGGGUCAAAUCACCAGUACAUUACUGCAAUGCCAUUAUUAAUAUUUUCAGAUAAUUCUUUAAAUACAAAAUAAUGGAAAAUAAAGAAUUUAUGUACGUUGUAAUAUGCACCAGAAGAAGGUAUAUAAGACUACAAGAUCUCCAAGUUUGAAAAAAUGGAAAGCU